CAUGUUUUUUGCUGAGCGUAAACGCUGUAUUCGCCCUACACUCGACCCGACUUUGAAGCAGCAUAAAUUUGCACGCGCCGCGUGUGCACCGUCAGAUUCCCUGUGUCACUCGCAAACCUCUCUCAGAGACUGCUUUCGAAUUGGACGCAUCGUCUUCAAAAUGGAUGGGCCGCAAAUCUGACCGAGCCAAGCCAAGGAGGCUCCCAUUGAUAUUCGCUACUUGCACUGUAUAGUGGGCAAUCCAACUUUGAUUUCUCGCAGGGCGCAUGCUUGACCGUCACCACGAUAGUGUGCGAUCGUGGAGUAGAGGUGGUCGACAGGCCAGCUUGGGUGCUCAGCCAGCAAGCCAGACGCGUCUUCUAUCUUGGCAGCCCAAUUACGGCUUUGAGACCCCCCUUAAUCUGUCGUCUUGUGAGCUACGAGGGUGGG